AUGUCAAACUGUUAUUGCCCACUGGUCCCAAAGGCAAACAACUUAGCAUUUAUGCUAUGUCCUUAGUUUUCCUUAUAAAAGGGAAUUAACUGCCUACCAGUCCAUGCGUUAUCGGGAAACUGGGGUGCCUGCAGAUGUCCACGAUAGAGAAGGAAACUACUGAACGCAGAGAAUUCUGGGAAUCAAAUCUCUUAUUUAGAGGAGGUCUGGCUGGAUUUACUGUCAUAUUUAUUUCUUUUUUUAAAUGAAUUUGGAGCUUUACCUCAAUUAUGAGUGCUCAGGUCCUAUGUGGCUUAUGAUAAGACCUGGUGACGAAGUGAACACAGAGCCCCGGAAGCUUGCCCUCUCCCGGGGUUCAGACAUCAACCUGGGUUCCAGGGAACCGGCCACUUCCGCCCCCAUCCACGGGGCCCGCCUACUUCCGCCUCACAUAAACAAACGCUCGGCGCCUGCGUGAGGCGAGCCCCUCGCAGCCAAUGGGGUGCCAGGAACAAAAAGUCAGUGACCAAUGAAAUGCUGGGAGGUCUGGACGGCCGACCAAUGGCGAAGCCUCGCACCCGGAUAUGAUUGCCGGCUCUGAAAUGAAGCUCUGAGGAGGACUUGCGCUCCCCAUGUGGCAGGGGCUGUGGGCGCCGAGUCGAGGGUGAGCGUGUUAGAUUCGGUGUCUCGCGCGUGCGGUUCACACGUGGGGGCCCUCCCUUCGGGUUUUAAAUGGGGAAAAUAUCAACGUGGCCGCUUGUCUGUGGAAGGAAAGCCCAUUGAAGUGUCCCGGAGCCAGCGUGGUGGGAAGCCCCUCCGUUGGUACCUCCCUUACAGGGCGUGGGACCGUCUCGAAGACGCAGCCGCGGUGUUGGAAAUAUGAAUCUCUUACCUAAGAGCUCCAAGGAGUUUGGCUCCGUGGACUAUUGGGAGAAGUUCUUCCAGCAGCGCGGAAAGAAAGCUUUCGAGUGGUAUGGGACUUACCUGGAACUGUGCGGGGUGCUGCACAAGUACAUGAAGCCCCGGGAAAAGGUGCUGGUGAUUGGGUGUGGUAACUCGGAGCUCAGCGAGCAGCUGUACGAUGUGGGCUAUCAGGAUAUUGUGAACAUUGACAUCAGUGAGGUUGUCAUCAAGCAAAUGAAGGAACGCAAUGCCAGCCGACGGCCCCGGAUGAGCUUCUUGAAGAUGGACAUGACCCAGAUGGAGUUUCCUGAUGCCUCUUUCCAGGUGGUGCUGGACAAGGGCACCCUGGAUGCUGUCCUGACCGACGAGGAGGAGAAGACCCUGCAGCAGGUGGACAGGAUGCUGGCUGAGGUUGGCCGUGUCCUGCAGGUGGGCGGUCGCUACCUCUGCAUCUCCCUGGCUCAGGCUCACGUCCUGAAGAAAGCAGUGGGUCACUUCUCCAGGGAGGGGUGGAUGGUCAGGGUGCAUCAGGUGGCCAGCAGCCAGGACCGGGUGUUGGAAGCAGAGCCUCAGUUUCCCCUGCCUGUCUUUGCCUUCAUCAUGACCAAGUUCAGGCCGAUCCCUGGCUCCGCCCUCCAGAUCCUUGAGCUGUGUGCUCAGGAGCAGGGCAAGCCUGUGCGGCUGGAGAGUGCUGAGCGGCUGGCCGAGGCAGUGCGGGAGCGUCAGCAGUAUGCCUGGCUGUGUAGCCAGCUGUACCGCAAGGCCGGGCUGGGGAGUGUGUCCCUGGACUUGUGCAAUGGGGACACGGGGGAGCCACGCUACACCCUCCACGUGGUGGACAGCCCCGCCGUGAAACCAUCGCGGGACAAUCAUUUUGCCAUUUUCAUCAUCCCCCAGGGUCGGGAGACCGAGUGGCUCUUUGGCAUGGAGGAGGGUCGGAAGCAGCUGGCGGCCAGCGCUGGCUUCAGGAGGCUGAUCACAGUGGCCCUGCACCGGGGUCAGCAGUACGAAGGCAUGGAGAGCAUCCAGGCCGAGCUGUCGGCCAGAGUCAUGGAGUUGGCCCCUGCCGGGAUGCCCGCCCAGCAGCAGGUGCCUUUCCUGUCUGUGGGCGGAGACAUCGGGGUGCGGACCAUUCAGCACCAAGACUGCAGCCCCUUGAGUGGCGACUACGUCAUUGAGGACGUGCAGGGGGAUGACAAGUGCUACUUCCGGCGGCUCAUCUUCCUCAGCAACAGGAACGUGGUGCAGUCAGAAGCCAGACUGCUGAAGGGUGUGUCUCACAGAGCCCAGAAGAAGCGGAAAAAGGACAGGAAGAAGCAGUCGCCGGCUGGUACUCCAGAGGAGCCCCCUGCAGCCCCGGGGCAGCCCAUCGAUAAGAGCUACCUGUGCUGUGAACACCACAAAGCCAUGAUCGCCGGCCUGGCCUUGCUGAGAAACCCCGAGCUGCUCCUAGAGACGCCGCUGGCGUUGUUGGUGGUAGGCCUGGGCGGGGGCAGCCUCCCCCUCUUUGUCCACGAUCAUUUCCCAAAGUCCCGUAUCGAGGCUGUGGAGAUCGACCCGUCCAUGUUGGAAGUGGCUACCCAGUGGUUUGGCUUCUCCCAGAGCGACCGGAUGAAGGUCCACAUUGCAGAUGGCCUGGACUAUAUUACCAGCCUAGCGGGAAGAGAAGCACGGCCUCAGUACGACGUGAUAAUGUUUGAUGUGGACAGUAAGGACCCAACACUGGGAAUGAGUUGUCCACCCCCCGCGUUUGUGGACCAGCCCUUCCUACAGAAGGUCAAGAGCAUCUUGAGUCCUGAAGCACUGAACACACAGCAUUUCCAGCGCCCCAGAAGUCCACCUCUCACCUCCUGUUUGGGAUAACCACUCUCCCAACUUCUACCAGCACAUCUUAGUCUUCCCAUUUAUGUCCUAUACAAAUGCAGUAAUCAUA